GUGCACGGGCAGCUGAGUUCAGUGUGUGAAUUGGCCGACUGACAACAAGUGGUUUUCCGCAGAGAACUAUUUCACAGCACCGAGGAGAGGCAGCAGCGAAUUUUGUGAACACCGUCCCCGUGUUUCAGUAUCAAAGUAAUGACUGACGCAAACAAACUUUUAAUUUAACAGAAAAAUAGAACUGCUCGUCCGUUGCGGUUGUUUGGUGGCCCCGGUUCGUCGUGAGUAAUUAGUUAAUUCGCAUCACCCGGUGAAAUCUGCAGGGAAACCUGGCAACAAGUCGUCAGGUGGACGGCGACAAAGAGGCUGCUGUGCGACUGCGUUUCAACUCUUCAGUAAGUCGUGACAACUUUGCUACAUCUGUCCCAACAUGUACAGCAUGAUGGAACACGAGCUGAAGCCGACCGGCCAGCCCCAGUCUCACCAGACCUCCCAGGGAAUGUCACCGGUCACCGGCAACAUGACCGGGGGCAUGGGCGGCAAUGGCAACUCUCACCCGGGCUCCAAAACGGCAUGCGCCCCCGGAGUCGACCCCAUGGAUAAAGUCAAGCGGCCCAUGAACGCCUUUAUGGUCUGGUCUAGGGGACAGAGGCGCAAGAUGGCUCAGGAAAACCCCAAAAUGCACAACUCCGAAAUCAGCAAGCGGCUGGGAGCCGAGUGGAAGCUGCUGACCGACGCUGAGAAGCGGCCUUUCAUCGACGAGGCCAAGCGGCUGCGGGCGGUCCACAUGAAGGACUACCCCGACUACAAGUACAAGCCACGCCGCAAGACCAAGCCCAUGCUCAAGAAGGACACUCAGGUGGGCAAGUAUCCGCUGUCGGCAGGUAGCCUGCUGGCGGCGGCACAAGGCCAAGGUGGUAGUCCGAGGAUGGACAGCUACGGCUGGGGCCCCACCGGGGGGUACGCCGGCAUGCAGAGCGAGGCGCUCGGCUACACGCAGCAGCUCCACCGGUACGACCUGUCAGCUCUCCAGUACCCGCCCUCCAUGUCAGCGGCGCAGACGUACAUGAACGGAGCCAACUCUUACAGCCCCAUGUCGUACAGCAGCAGUCCCCAGCAGCCGAGCCCUGUCACCAUGUCCAUGGUGAAGGCAGAACCGGUGUCCCACUCACCUCCGACGGGGACGCCCAACCACCACCGGGGCCCUCUGCAGGGAGACCUCAGGGACAUGAUCAGCAUGUACAUCCCUGGACCAGGGGGGGAUGCCGGCGACCCCUCAGCAGCACAGAGGGGCUACACCAGCGUCCAGCAGCACUACCUCUCCGGAACCGUCCCACUCACACACAUCUAGGACUUGAAGUGGGAGUCACGGGGGUAGUGGUGGGGCGGGGGGGGGGGACCUGAGUGGGAGGACCAGAAAUGCUCACGGUGCACAACUGGCUGUACAGGAGAUGGGAGUCGGUGUGGGGGACUUUAUAGACGGGCAAAGAGACACAAAGAGACGUGACGGAACAAACGCAGUUCCCAGACACAACUCUAUUUUGAUUCAUUGAAAAGCUGUUUUUCUACCUCUUUGGUGCCACACAAGUUAAGAUAAAUGCCACACACACCCACCACACGUACAGAGCGGAGACUCCUCCCUGCCCCACCUGCCUCCAGCAGACUUCUCUCCACGAAGGACUGCAGUGAAGACCAAGCCCACGUCUGUUUAUUGUGUACAUAUGAGGAAAUGUUCUGUCUUUUUCUGUCUUCUUGUCUUUUUAUAUUUUAGAAACUUAUCCAUUAGAAGUCAAAAGACUCCUCUUUUUUUUAUUUUUUAAAUACCACUUUAAAACACUUGUGACAGUGGCACUCAUGACGGCUCCACCAUACCCAGUCGGUGCCGGGUAGCUGGUUUAUUUGCCUGCUGUCCACAGCACAGGGACUAAAGCGACCUGGCAGCCCGGUCGGUGGAUCACAAUCGCUCAGCUGGUGACGGACAAAUCACCCGAGCUGAAUCGCUCUGGUUGUUGUUGGUUGUUGCUGCCCUGAUGCGUGAGCGGAGCUAGAGAGCAGCCGGGUGCCGGUGGGGAUAAAGGGAAGGAAAUGCACAACUUGAAUGAAAGAGCUUUUUUUGGGGUGGGGGGGUGGGUUAAAUGAACUCUUUGUACCUUGGAUUUGGUUUUAGUACUCUUGUAUUUUAUUUUGAACUGAUGAGAUCUUGUUGGAUGACACGGAAACCACCUGUUGGGACAAUCAGCACUGCAUCCACAGGAAUAAACGGAACACACUGGCCUCUGCGAUGCGUGGUGUCGCUUUAGAACGUAGAACCGGGCUGGUUCUAAACAUUUCAGUCAGGUCUAGUGUCCCCAGUCUCUCCGCGUCACUGGAUUUAUUGUCUGGGAAAGAGGUGACACUGUUAUUUGCUGCCUUUUGAGUUUUAUUUGCUAUAAUUAGUUUUUAGAGUUGAUAUUUUUGACGUUAUUGUUCAGAGGCGUUGUUCUGGCAGCAUCCUGAGUCGCUCUGUGUAUUCAUUGUCACUUUGCUCUAGGCAAGAGUUGUAUUGUUUUAUAGGCUUUUCAGUAAGUGAAUGAAAUUUGAUAUGAAAUGCUACAGUUCAGUGGUUUUAUUCCAAAAUAACAGAUUAAGAUUUACACAUUCUGUCUUCCACCAAGUAAACUGGAUUGACAGAAGGCCUACCAGGCAUGUGUUUAACUCCCAGUGAAGAGAAUGUAUCCGAGUGAGUUUCAGAUUAAAUCUCCAGCAAAUGUUUUUCAGAUAUUUACCUGAUGGUAAUUCUAUCAAUCUCUAGAAAUGCGUGCUUUUAAUCCUGGUUCUCUCAAACCGACAGUCCUGUUAUUUCUUUGUUCUCCUGUCUAGCAUGCUGUCUGGUUAUAGUGCUGCUAUGGACCUAAAGGGAACUUUUACUUUCAGACUCCAGAGAAACACUGUGAAUAUUGAAUGUGGUAGAUUAUUCCAACUGUUUAACUUUGAAGCAUUCCAUUACUAACUCGACAUGCACUGGAAACGGAUGCCUUACUUAUCUUUUUGACAAAGGGAGAGCGGUUUUAUUAAAGUAAUGCCUGAAUGUUUACAUUGUUACCCGAGUGUUUUAACUUUUUUACUGACUUGUAUCUCUAUUUUUUAGAAUGAAUUCUCUUGUAUGUAAAUGCUGCCAUAUACUAGUUACUGUAUGUAGCAUUCAUGUAAAUAAUGUAAACAUUUUUAGGCUCUUAUACUAAGAGUCUCGACUCCUUUUUGAUUAUAAAAAAAAUCUGUUAUGGCAUUCAUGACAAUAUUAAUAAAAAGUACAAAUCCUUUUUUUCAUUAAUGUCCCGUUAACUGUAUUUUAUGAGUUAAGUGAAAAGCCUUUUCAUCACAUGACCAAUGCAUUCAGUGGCCACUUUAUUAGGGACACUUGAACAAAUGAAUGCAGUCUUUUAAAAACCACUCAAGGUCCACUUACCAGCACUUUCUGGAGCUUUCUACCAUAUCGCAUGUUUUUCAUCAGCUGAUGGAGUGUAAUAAAGUGAACCUUAUUUGUAGGCUAAGUUGAUUCAGCUGUAUGUUUAUUUGUGUUGUACUGGUCAUAAUACCGGUGUUUUGUCCAUUCAUUUACAUGAGGUGCAAUAUUGGAGUACAACCCUCAACAUGCAGUCCUCCACCUCUAACGACCUCUAUUCUGAACAGUUGGCUGUGUCAACAAAAUAAAAAAUCUAUAAAGCUA